GGCAGGAAUAUUGACGACUCGAAGAGGAUAAAUGUUGCCAACUGAUGCGAAAUAUUCAGCCCAUAAUGUCCUGGUCAAGACUCCAUUCCAUUUUAAUCCAACGACUUUUCAGUGGGACGGACAGGUGUAAUGCAAAUUCUCGCUUCGACACCCAACGCUUAGAGAAGGAAGAAGAGGAGAGAUCGACUAUGGAUUUCAACCACAAUUUUACGAAUGAAAACAUAUCAAGAAAAAUUUUGACAACUUCAAACGGAGACCAUGACGAGCCAGACACUGAUCCUCUACGCGUGUCUGGGAUCUUCGCUAACUUUGUCUUGAAUGCGGUUUUAUCUGUUGCGGCAACUCUGGGGAAUACGGCAAUUAUUUACUCGAUAUGGUACAGCAGCUCCCUACGUUCGCCAUCCCAUAUCCUUAUAUUUGGCCUUGCUUUGUGCGAUUUCGGAGUUGGUUCACUGGUGCAACCUCUUUAUAUCAUCUACCAGUCUUUUUAUAUCGUUAAUUGGCGGCAGACAUGGGUGCAGGCUAUGGUAGUAUUCAACUUCUUGUCCAACAUGCUCUGCUGUGUCUCCUUCCUCACAACGACGGCAGUAAGUAUCGAUAGAUAUCUUGCUGUUUAUCUGCAUUUACGGUACAAAAGAAUUGUCACAAUUGGGAGGGUUGUGAAGCUUCACGUUGGAUUAUGGCUCCUGUCGGCUUUCCUCGCCUCUACUGUUACUUGGAACAUCACAAUUACAUUUUUCGCAGCACUCAUUAUUAUUUCACUGUGCUUAUUAACUACGUUCACGACUUAUCUAAAGAUUUAUUCAGUCGUGCGAGGCCAUCGUAGAGCAAUCCACCAACAACAUAACCAGCAAAGUGCGAGAACAGUAUAUCAUAUGAAAACAACCCUAAGUAUGUUUUACGUCUGCCUGAUCCAUGCUCUUUGUUAUCUUCCAUAUUUUGUGUUCCUUAUUCUCAGAGAUGCUUACAAGCUCACUACUUUUACCUACUUAGGAACGGAGUUUGCUCAGACAAUUGUGUUUUUUAACUCUUCAUUGAAUCCGUUGUUAUACUGUUGGAGACUUUCAUACUUCCGUGAAGAAGUCAAAAGGUCACUUUCAAGUUUUUCUUGUUUCUGGUAGAACUCAGCUUUUACUAAAACGGCAAAUUACAAACAUUGAAAACAAUAUUUCUUAAAAUGGAUGGAAAUGAUGAAGCAAAACAAGUUAAGAAAUUAUUUAAAGCUCUUUAGAGGAUAUUUAUUAGUUAUA